UUCGCACUGAAAUCAUUCUCUGUUUUCAAGGGGAGGAAGGAGCAGCUCUGUUUGUGUUUCUUCGGAUUAUUUGUGUUGCGAGGCUAGUCAGGAGACGCAAGCCAGGAAACGCAAGCUAAAGGACGCAAGCCAGCAGACGCUAGCAAAGGACGCAAGCCAGGAGACGCAAGAUAAAGAACGCAAGCCAAGGAACGUAAGCCAAGGAACGCAAGCCAGGAAACACAAGCCAAGGAACGCAAGCCAAGAGACGCAAACCAAGGGACGUAAGCCAAGGAACGCAAGCCAACAAAACACAAGCCAAGGGACGCAAGCCAGGAGACGCAAGCCAAGAAACGCAAGCCAAGGGACACAAGCCAAAGGACAUGCACCUAGAGACACGAGCAGGUCUUCGAUAUGGCUGAGUUGCUUGUACUACAGCUUGACCGAGCGAUUAAAGCGGGAGACGUGGCAAAUAUAGCGAAGGCGCUAGACGAGGGAGCGUCUCCUGACGGCGAUAAGAACGCCGGAAAGAAGCCCAUUCACUUAGCCGUGGAAACCGGUUUAGUACAGAUCACGAAGCUACUGCUUGAGAGAGGUGCCAACCUCAAUGUGGCGAAUCCUGAAGACCACGGGAGACGUCCACUGCAUAUGGCUGUCGUGAGAGGUUUUGAUAAAAUCGUGAAAUGCUUGCUUAAAAGGAAACGCCGACCCCAAUUUAGUAGACGGUGCAGGGGAAACGCCACUGAUCACUGCAGUAAAAAAGGGUGAAUUAUCUUCUGUUGCUCUUCUGCUGAAAUACGGGGCUGAUGUUCAUAAAAGAGACGCAAACCAUAACUCAGCAAUUCUUAUUGCGGUGGAAAAAAGUCACGGAGAAAUCGUCCAAAUGCUACUGAAGGAGGGAGCUCCAGCCUACAAUACAAAUAUGUCAGUGGAGUUCUAAGGACCUUGAUAAACAAACUCGCCACAACAGUUCAAAUUUGCAAUUCCAACAGGCGACGGUACGAUUCACGUGGCUGCAAGAAAAUGCUCAACGUGGAUCCUUGAGAUGCUGAGAGAGAAGGGAUGUGAUAUAAACAAGAGCAACAGAGACGGCUCGUUCCCGCUGCAUCUGGCUGCGGAGUCUGGCAACCUGGAGGCUGUCCAGUGGUUCCUGCUCAACGGCGCGAAACUCGACGCGCGGGAUGCCGCUGCGAAGACGGCGGCGGACAGAGCGGCAGAUGCGAGGCAGAAACACGUUGUGGAUUGGUUUAAUGACCAAAAGGUACUCAAC